AUGCUGACGGAAAUGCCGAGACGCAUGCAAGCCAUGGAGGAUCGGGUGCAGACCCUGGAAUGCCGCGUUCAGCUAUUGAACGAUAGCACGCUAAGUCCACAGCCGCAGCCCGACGCUUCAUCAAACGCGUUGAAGGCUCCCCCUAGCGUCUCUGACAAGCCUUCGGAUGAGGCAGUGAGGGAGUGCAGAGAGGCGGUGGGCGUCAUGUUGUCCAUGCAGCAGAACAUGAAGCAGGAGUUGGCAGCGAUUGAGGAGCAAAUGUGCAUGAGGUCGAAUGACUUUGAAGCAUCGUUGCGGGCUGCUGCGAAUGCCAACCAUGAUGCGGUACACGCCCUCUUCGCGUCGUACAGCCAAGAAGUGGAGGCCCUCUAUGCGCGAAGCGCUGCAUGUGAAGAAGGGCUGCAAGAUCUGCAGACUCAAUCAUCGCUCCUCGCUGAGUGGAAGGACGGCGCGUCUUCUGACCUUGCCGAAUAUGCAAGGCGAUUGGUGGAGGUGGAGAGGGCCGCCAGGGCCGCCGAAUUCACGGAGAAGAUUUCCGCAGGUGGAACCACGGCUGCCAGCAGAGCGGCAUCGAAAACUGCAGCUGCUGGACUGGACGAGGGUUUGCGCGCUUCCGUGGUGCCUGAGGAUGCAGGACAGCUGAUCCAAGCCACACGGGCGACUUCAAAAAUCGCUGUUGCCCAAGGUGUUGCAUCAGACGAGGUUCUGCCCACAUCCACGGUUUCUGAGGAUGCAGGACAGGUGAUCCAAGCCGCUAGGGCGACUUCAAAAAUCGCUGUUGCCCAAAGUGUUGCAUCAGACGAGGCUGUGCGAAACGUGCAGGAAGUAGCCAUAAAGGCACUGGAUGUCGCGCAGAAGGCACUGUUGAUUGCAGAGGAGACACGCGCGCAAGGUUCCAAGACCUGCAAGGAUGGGGACAAAUUGGCACCACAGAAAGCAGCUGGAACUUGGCCUUGCCGACCCCGGGUGCUGCAGGGCUGCCUCCCCUAUCUACCUCCAUCUUCGCUGGCACAUGAGAUGCAUCGGCCUAAGCAGCGGUCGCCUGGUUGCCGAAAAGAUAGAAUGAAUGGCUCAUGGCACGAUCGGUCUCCCAGCAGCAGUGCCACAGACGACUCCGACCUCAAAGACGAUACAGAGCUGGGCCCAUUGCCGCAGACUGCCGAGCUUCGAGAAGCGAAAACGCCGGCGUUGGUGCUCCUGGCAGCAAGCGGAGGAGGCUCCACAGCACGGGGCCGAACUCAACAAGAGGAGGAGAAAGAGCGCUUCCUUCCUCCCACCGGUGGUUGCUUCCGCCACCUCAGUCCCCACAGUCGACUCGGUUCCAGAAACACUCGGCCCUUGACCGCAGAGCGACCGCCAGUGGUGCAUCGAGGAGGCGUCGUUCGACCUUCGACUGCUGGACAUUUAUUCGAAAGCAUUGCUCGUUCAGUACGGUCUGAUUCCGCAUCGCGGGCCCAGUGCUCGCCACGCCAAUGUUGCAGCCUGGGCGAAUUUAUUGCCUGCAUGGCAUCGCUGUAUCCCUCGUUGCGGAGUCCUUUGCUUCCUGGUCCGCAGUCACCUGGGACGCAGGCCGCGCAGACUCUCAAAGAUGGAGUUCAGCGGCGGCUGCUGUCGUGCCAGCUCGAGGAUCUGAUCUCUGCAGGGACCGACACCAGGUCCACUCCCAAACCCCUUGUCACUGAAUUGGCCAAGUCUCAGGAGCCGGUUCCGCCCGGAUUGCUGAGAACUUCGAUCGACGGCCAGCGAGGCCGUCCGACAGAGCGGAUUAUGCGGGACAUAGAAGAGCGCAAGGCCAGCCUCAGGAAAGUAGCCAAGCACUCUUGGAAUCCUGCGACGGAUCUAGAGCCGUCCUUGGAAGAGCGGCCGCUCCUGCUUCUGGGAGACUUCAUGCCCAAAGAUGGUUUGAAGGAGGAGCCGGAAACAGGAAACCGCGAGAGAAAGAUUCUUUUGUGGGAUGAGGGCCGCCGAUGUUUUGCAUCUCAUUGGCCCGGAGCUUUGGCCUCAAGCUUCUGCAGCUACGCUUUUGACCUGCUGUUGCGGCAUGGGCCCUGGGAAGCACUGCACAGCAAGAAGGGCCAAGUCACGCGAGAGACCUGCUGGUAUGUUCGAGCAGGCUGUCGAUGUGACUAUACUUACGGCAUCGCGAGAGUCAGAGCCAGGAAGAAGCCUUCAGCCACCUUUCGAGCAGCUAUGGAGACGUUGCUUGAAGAAGUGAUGGGUCGGGUUUGUCCUUGGCUACCAAAAGACGCGUGGCCGAAUUGUGCAAAUCUAAACCUUUACACUGAAGCAUGGCAGUCGGUCGGUUGGCACGCCGAUGACGAGUCUCUGUUCAUGGGCCGUGAUCGCGACUGUCCCAUCCUUUCAGUGUCCUUGGGUGCCAGACGGGAGUUUUGGCUUGCCUUGCGGCACGAGAACUGCAUGGAUCCACAGUUAAAGAGUAUCGUCGAGGUGGACUUGUGUGAUGGAGACGUCUUGACAAUGGAGGGGCUGUGCCAGAAGCAUUGUGUCCACUUCGUCCCGUGCGACGUUCGCAAUGUGGCACCGCAUCCGCGGGAGUCCAAAGGGGCUCGCAUCAACGUUACUUGGCGCUGGAUCCGCGAUCACAAGCAAAGGUGUCCUAGGAGAGCAGCUGACGGAGACAGCACCACCGACUUUUUCUUUGAAAAACAAGGCCAAGUGCCUUCGGAGAAGAAAGCUCUGUUCGCACAUUCGUGGGCAGGGGGUCGGGCAAUGGCUUGGAGAUCCUGUCAAGAAUGUGACCACGAUGCAUGGAAGGGCGGCCGGAACUGCUUGAAGCACCAGAAGCAGUGGCUUUGCAGGCCUUGCUACGAGUACGUGCUCACUGGUGGGCCUCCUCGGGAAAGGCUGCAACCACCAAGGCCACGAGGGCAGAGGCGGCCGGACAUCUCCAUGAUCAGAGCUCGUGCAGUUCAAGCUGAAGCAGUUGAGGCGGACGAAGACACAGCGUCUGAAGCAACUCCUGAUCCUGCUGAUGCGAACCGGCCUGCCAGUUCAGAGCACUUCUGCAUGCAGACGAUGAAGGCGCACAUGUGCAUCCUUCAACACCAGCUACAACUGCAGCAGCACCAGGCGCUUCUCGCCCUUGCGGCAGCUGGCAACAGGCAAUGGCCCUGGUCGAUCGAAGCACCCGGGGCAGCGGAUGGGCAGCCUUCUGGCCAGAGAAGCUCACCAGUGUCAUACUACCCUGCUGCAAGAAGGGUAUACAGUGAGCACUGUGCGAGUGUUCUGGAAAAGCAAGCCGAUGAACCGCUAUCAGAGUCUCGAGUUUUCGAAUGCUGCGUCCUGAGCCCGAGCUGUACAUUCGUAUGGUGGCAUGCCGAUGUUUGA